AAGCUGUCACCGAGUAGACAAGAAGAACUUCCGGUCCAGACAGCCAUCUUCCCAUGUUCUCUCUCUCAUCGUUUCUCUCGAAUUUGUGACUUGUUCACGUUUUCGCUCAUCUUCGACGAUAACCAAACACGUCGCCAUCGAGCACAAGUAGCGAGCGAGCUCGCGUCGGCGCAAAGAUGGCGGCCGACCGCCGCGAGGACAAAGAUGGCGAACUCACCGUUCUAGAGGACAUUUUGACGGAAGCGCCGGAUCAGGACGACGAGCUGUACAACCCUCAGACGGAGCGACACAUCACCGAUAAGAAAGGAACAAAGCGGAAGAGCGAGCAUUCAGAGUGCCACGACCGCAAGCGGCUACGGGGCUCCUCCGGCCACGCCCCCUCCAGGUCGUCUUCGGCCAACAAGCGAGGCUCGGGCGCGCCCCUCUCCUCCUCGUCCUCCAAGAGGUCGGCGAGCAGUCCUCACAGACGCCACGUCAGCGGCUACCGCGGCGGCGACUACGACGAGCGAAAGAGCCGCCGAGGGAUGAAAGACGCCGGGCGCAGCCGCGGAGGCGAGAGAGCCAGAUGCAGACGCUCGCCCAGGGACGCCGCCAAGCAGAAGCGCUCCAGCAGCCCCUCCCACCAUCCGGAGGACAACCAAUCGGAGGAGGACGCGGCGCCGGAGUACGCAUCGGAGCAGCUCUCUGGAGGCUCCUCCCCGGCCGCCGCCGCCGCCGCCUCGCACGACGAAGAGCAAGAAGAGGAGGAGGUGGAAGAAGAGGAGGGUGAGGAGGACGAGGAGGACGAGGGGGACGGCGAGGAGGAGGAGGGGGAGGAGGAAGAUGAGGAGGAAGGCGGGAAGGAAGAGGAAGGCGAGGACGAGGAGGAGUACGAGCGGCGCGCCGAGGGCAACGACUACGACACGCGCAGCGAGGCGGGAGAUUCCCGCUCGGCCUCCUCCGUCACUUUCUCCGACGGCGAGUCGGCACACUCGGCCUCGGACGCGUCAGGUUCCCAGAAGAAGCGGGAGAAGCUUUCGUCGUCGGUGCGCGCCGUUAAUCCCACCAGCAACCUUCGCUACAUCCUGCGCGACUCGCGCUUCUUCGUCAUCAAGAGCAACAACCACGAGAACGUCUCGCUGGCCAAAGCCAAAGGCGUGUGGUCCACGCUGCCUGUCAACGAGAAGAAGCUGAACGCGGCUUUCCGCUCGGCUCGCAGCGUCAUCCUGGUGUUCUCCGUACGGGAGAGCGGAAAGUUCCAAGGUUUUGCCCGCUUGGCUUCCGAGUCUCUUCACGGCGGCUCGCCCAUCCACUGGGUGCUUCCGGCCGGCAUGAACGCCAAGAUGCUGGGUGGCGUCUUCAAGAUCGACUGGCUGUGCAGGCGGGAGCUCCCCUUCACAAAGACGGCUCACCUUUCCAAUCCCUGGAACGAGCACAAGCCCGUCAAGAUCGGACGUGACGGACAAGAAAUCCAGCCAGACGUGGGCGCCCAGCUGUGCGCGCUGUUCCCGUUGGACGAAAGCGUGGACAUCCACCAGGUGGCCCGGCGCGUUCGCCACAAGCGUGAGACCCCUCCGGAAACGCGACCCCGCGGCCGCCCGCCGCUGCGCGAGCCGGGAAGGAGGUUCACUGGUAGCCAGUUGAAGCUAGCCAAAUCUAGAUGGACUGUUGAGAAUAAAAGCAUUGGCUGGACUGAUGGAAGGAAGCAGGAGGGGGCGAGGGAAGGGAAAAAAAGAAAGAGAGAGAGAGAGAAAGAGAGAGAGAGGGAGAGGGACUGCCAUCUCCACUUGGACUCUUUUUUUUGCCUUUUUCUUUUUCAAGGCCUUGCUCAUUUGAUUGGGGGGGGACGGGACGGGGGGGCGUCACUGGACUAUCCCAUGAAGGGGCGGGGCGGGGGGUGGACAAUUUGUCCAGUCUGGUAACCCAUGGACCUGAUCAAACGACCCCGCAUCCUCCCAAUGAGGGAGAGAGAACACUUGAAAACGUCUUUGACGCGCUGGCACGCACCGAACGAGGACGUUUUGUCGCGGUGUGUGUGCGUGCGUGUGCGUGCGUGCGUGCGCGGGUGUGUUGCUCUCUGCCGAACUCUAAAGUGUGUAUUUGAUGGACUAAAGAGAGUCUGGGGGGGUUGGGGCUUGUCUUUGGGGACUGACAGGACUGCAGACCCCCCAACCCCCCCCCCCCCCCACCCGUUCAAAGUAAGAGGCUUUGUUUGAACAAGCCGUUAUCAUGGUGGACGCAGAUGUGGAAAGAAAGAAACUUUGUAGACUCCCAAGUCCACUUUUACACCUCAAGCGGUAUGUUGACCCCUGCCUGGCCUUUGAUUUUCUUUUGCAAGUCUACCAUGACACUUUUUCUUGUUGUUAUUCUCGCAAAGAUUCGGAAGCGUUACCGUGCACCCCAUUGUCGACACGUUGUCAACUCCUUACGCAGACUCGAGCGAGAGCGCAACCGUCCCGGAAGGCUCGCAAAGCAACCAAAUUUGAAAAACUCGAGCCUCAGUAAGACUUUAAUCCCGACUGACCGACCGACAGUAAGAAAUAUCACUUUGACUUUAAUUCCCACCGACUAAGUGGACCAGAAAGACCGGCCGAGGGUAGACUGGGAUAAACUGAGGAGACCACCCCGGUAGAGACCUGGACCGGGAAGGCGGAAGACCAACCCAAAGCCAACAGUGAGACGUGGACUUUAGGACCCGGCGUUCCAAACCGAGACGUUUUUUUGUACCCGGCCGCCGGGCUUG